UGCUGUGAUGUUGUAUGUUUGCUUUAUCUUUAUUUGCCAGUGCCAUCCCCGAUACACUACAGCUACACGUCCCAGCUACUGUUAUAUCCUCUGGCCACACUUUUUCAUCCCUGAGCGUUCCCUAAGCCAGGCCAAAACUUUUGAGUUCCAAACCAGAAGGCUCGUCUGUGGUCCCCCUAACAUGUACAUUUCCCAGCUGUGCCGAGGUCAAGGAGAACCGUGCAUGAACAUUGUCAGGAUCGGGAGUGGGACAAGUACUUUUUCUGAAACUCCACUUGAGUCCAAAUCCAACGCGAACGAUUAUCAGCAGUGGAACCCAACCGUCAAUUGUUACAUAGCGAGGAGCUAUAAGAAAUUUUUUGCUUACAGCCAUUUGUGCAGCCACAUUCACACCUAUCAAACCCACGGUAUCUCCCAAAGCAAAAUGACCGCACAUAAU